UGUCAUUCUCUCCAUUUUCAUGCCAAAUCAGAUUCUGUUUAUACUGACUUUUGGAUAAAGAAGAAGAGGACGAUGCUGAGACUGGGGCUUCUCCUGCUCGGCCUUUUCAUAACGUCUGCUGCUGCUGGACCAGGUAGCUGCAUGGGUCGUUGUGGCGAGCCUUUCACCAGAGGUCGGCAGUGUACCUGUGACCUCAACUGCCUGCAACAUAAUGAGUGCUGCCCAGACUUUGAGGCCACUUGUGUCACUGCUCGAUCUUGUCAGGGCCGCUGUGGUGAGGCUUUUAGGAGAGGUCUGUCAUGCCAGUGUGAUCCACUGUGCAUCCGUUAUAACACUUGUUGUCCCGACUACCAGACGCAAUGUGAUGCCACUGUGACAGCAUCACACCAUGGAAACUUCCAGCCUCUGAGGGCCAAACCUUCCAGGAACCGUAAAUCAGAGAAGAACCAGAGAAGGUCCAACAGUGAAAGUGAGGAAACAUACAUAGCAAGAGGUCGCUGCCCACAGUACGCUGGGGGUCAGUGUCAAGGUACAUACGGCCUCCAUAACCUGCUGGCAGAAAGUUCCUCUGGCUCCGCCUCUCCUGCUGUGCCAACCAAUCACCAACAAAAUGGUGGGAGUAACAUCCCCAUUGGCCUGCUGCCUAUGCCCAUCCCUUCUUCUUCUUAUGGGGCUCCACACUUCCUAGCAUCUGACCCCUCUCUGUCCAGCCACAAUAUUUUGGGCAGCAAUGCACCUAUGAGACCCUCCACUUCUGGAGCCACUGCUGGUAAACUGAAUGUCCACCUGGUGCUGUCCUCUGGAGGAGUCAGGCCAUCUGGGCCAAACCAGGGUGUUGAUGCCCCAGCAGGCACCAGACCCAGCACCCUGCAGGAUGUAGCUCAGGCUCUGAGCCUCUCUAUGGGGGAGGCAGGACCUGAGGGAUCAGGGACAGGACUCUCUGCUCAGGUUGACUUGUGCAGUGAUUCUCCCAUCAAUGGACUGACAUCUCUCCUCGAUGGGACCAUACUCAUAUUCAAAGGUGAGUUAUUCUGGUCAGUUGACCCUGUAAGUGGCUCCGUGGGUCACCCACAGAAUAUCACAGAGUCUCUGGGCAUCUCUCCUCCUAUUGAUACCAUUUUCACACGCUCCAACUGCGAGGGAAAUGUCUACAUCAUCAAGGGUGACCAGUACUGGCGUCUAGACAGGAACAUGGUGAUGCAGCCAGGCUUCCCCAAACCUCUGGCCUCUGAGUUUCCAGGUCUAACAGGAAGCAUCAGUGCUGCACUGGCAGUGCCAGCCACUAGGAACAGACCGGAGAUAGUGUUCUUCUUUAAGAAUGGAGACAUUGUGCAGAAAUUCACCUUUCCACCAGGCAGCACUCCUUCCUGCAGGGAGAAACCAAGGAGCUCCUUGAAGAACCUUAAUCGCCCAGCUGAAGUUCUUCUAAGUGGUGAGAUCAACAUCAAAUUGUCCCUGAAAGGAUUCCCCACACCAGUCACCUCUGCCCUGUCUGUGCCCAGUCCUCAGGGGAACAACAGAUACCAGCACUUUGUCUUCUCUGGACCUCUCUUCUUCCGAGUCCAGAUUUCAGGUGACUUGCCAUCACUGGCCAAACCUGACCCACCUGCAGCCCUCACGCUCUUACCCUUCCUUAGCCCUACUGCCAUGCCGACUAACUCUGCCAACAUGGGAGGUUGGAACCCAAGCUCCAGCCACCCGACCAACUCCAUCAGAUUUCUGCUGCACUGUCCAUAAAAACAUCGUACAAACGGCAAAAGAGGGCAUGUCCUGAUGUUUUCUGCUUCAACACACGCAUGAUAAUCUGCUUCCUAAAUGCUUUUACUGAACAGCAAGUUCCUUGAUGCCAUCUAAAUAUCAGAAAACUUAAGUCCCAUUUACUACCUAAAACUCUUAUAGGAACAAAAAGGGUCAUUUUUAAUUGUUUAAUUUCUCAGUGUGAAGAAUUAAUUGCAAAAAGGACAUUUAUUAGCUGUAACCUGUAACAUUCAUCCAAUAUUUUUUGAACCACAUAAUGAAAUUUAGAGGCAGAACUUGCACAUUUUCAAUAGUUUAAUUUAAUUCCAAGUUUGACCGCCAUCAAUAUUUGGAAAUUAGCUUUAAAAUGACUAAAAAAAAAAAGUAUAAAUCCAAGUCUUGUGGCUUUAUCUUUUCAAAAAAAACUUUUAGAAUAAAAAAAAUCAAUGUCUUAACUAUUGAUCAAUUGACAGAUUUCCUUUCCCCAUUUUUCAUUAUAUUAAAUAAAAAUCUUUUUGUUUUUCCUUAUUUUAAGGAGCCUUUGUAAGACCUGGUCAAGGACAAGAGAUGAAAACUAGCCCUUUGGCUAAAACUGCCAUUAUUUAUAGAAAUGUUAUCUUUUUCAUUGGCUCUGUCCCUGACAAA